AUGGUGAUCUUGAGAAAACUUCCCAAGAGGACCCAAGGCCGCAAGAGAAUCGAGAUCAAGAAGCUCGAGAAUCUCAACAACAAGCAAGUCACCUUCUCCAAGCGCCGUUCUGGAAUAUUCAAAAAGGCGGCGGAGCUGAGCGUUUUGUGCGGCGCUGAGGUGGGAGUCAUUGUUUUCUCCACCGCGGGCAAAGUGUUCUGCUACGGGCACCCGAAUGUGGAGACAGUGCUAGAGUGCUACCGUAGUGGGGUUGCUCCUUCUGCCGUGUCUGAUGACACCGCAGGAGACCAAAACCCUAAUAGAGUGCCCAUGGCGGAGUUCAACAAGGAGUACAUGGAGGCAAUUAAAGAGUUGGAGGAGCAGAAGAGGAGGGUUGUGGAGGUGAAAGAGGCGGUGAGGAUGAAGAAGAUGGUGAUGGGGGUGGUGGGUGGGUGUGGUGAGAGGUUUUGGUGGGAGGAUGAGAGUGUUGAUUUGGAUGUGUUAGAUGUGCAGGAAGUUGAGCAUUACUUGAUGUCAUUGGAGGAUGUGAGGAAGAAGGUGGCUGCUAGGCUUCAUGAGGUGAGAAUUCUGAAUGGGACAUUGGCACCGGGGGCGCUGCCGCCCGUACCGGCAGUUCAUCGGCUUUGUCACAUGCCGAUGAUGACUAAUGGUUUUGGUGCUCAGGGUGGCCAAUUUGGUGGUGGAUAUCACGGGUUUGGGGUUUAG